AUGUCUCCAUUGAACCUCAACACAGUGCUGAAACCACCACAUGUCACAUUCGAUUCGCGGGGCCCGUACCACCGCUCGUCUAUACGCUCGGUGUUCGACUACCUGGGUUCCGGGGAGCUUGACUCGGUCUUCAACCAGAAACACCACCGCCGCCACAGCCAAGGGCAGUCGGUAUAUGAGGAGGAUGUCGUCUUCCCGAACUUCACCGUCAGGGAGACGGCCGAAGCGUACUUUCUAGAAGGGGAUUUUCCGGGCAUCCACAACCCGAACGACAUCAGGAUCGAGAGACUGGGCUCUCAAGGCCUGCAUAUCGAGGCACACGUGCCGGAACUCGACCUGUACCACGAAUGGGGCAACAACUUUGGGAUCUGGCCGGGCAGAGAUACGCGGGUGGAAAGAGGGGCCAGCGACACCGCCACGGCUGUCACCGAGGGUGGUGGACACGGCAGUGGUGCAAAGCCCAAGGCCGUCGAAAUGAGGAGCCGCUCACGGGAUCGCGACCACGAGCACGAGCAUGACCAUGGCCAUAAACAUGAGCACACCGACGCCGGCGAAAGCGGCAAGCCACGCAGUAGCGACAACGACGCCAAACCCUCGACCAAACAGGCCGAUCCUGCGAGACCCAACAAGCUGCACCGCAGAGAAUCUUCCUCGUACGGUGACAUGGACGAGCCGACGACGACGUUGCUACUCUCCGAGCGCCACGCAGGCCGGCUUCUUCGAUCGUUCAGUUUCCCCCAGCCGGUCGACAUGGACAGGAUGAGAGCGCGGCUCAAGGACGGGGUGUUGCGGAUCGCGCUGCCCAAGGCGUCGGUCCGGGAGAGGCAGUCGAGCUAUAAGAUUGAAUAUGGUGGGUGA